AUCACUAAACUUUCGAACUUCUCCCUCUCGCUUCAAAGCCCAAAACCCAGCUUGCAGCUGAUGCACAUCCCUUCCCUCGCACACUCACUAUGCCAACCUCCUCCACCACCUCACCUCCCUCCCCCUCACCUCCUCCUCCUCCUCCUCCCUCCUCCGCCUCCGCUCCGUCCACGCCCACAUCCUCACCUCCGCUUCAUACCCGGGCCCACAUCCUGCAACCGCCUCCUCCACCUCUACACCCUCCUCUCGACCUCCCUCCGCCCUCCUCCUCUUCGACCCCACCUCCCCGACAUCAUCUCCCGAACCACCCUCCUCUCGGCCCACUCCAACUCCGGCAACCCCCUCGCCCGCCAGCUGUUCGACCAAACUCCCUCGAAACCGGCGAUCGCCGUCUUCUACAACGCCAUGAUCUCCGCCUAUUCCCGUGCCUCCGAUGGCCUCCCCGCCCUCGAAGUAUUCCGCGGCAUGAUGCGGUCGCGCUCUACGUCAACUAGACCGGAUAACUACACUUUUACCGGAGUUCUUAGUGCUGCGGCGGGCAUUUUGGGGAUCAACGUGGUUAUUUCUAGCCAUCUACAUUGUGCUGUUAUCAAGUCCGGGACGGGGAAUGUCGUGUCCGUGUUAAACGCGCUUAUUGCACUAUAUUUUAAGUGCGAUGAGGAUGAGGCCAUGGGUUAUGUGAGACGGGUUUUUGAUGAGAUGGGCGAGAGAGAUGAGCUGACUUGGACUACGAUGGUUGUUGGGCUUGUUAGGAGAGGGGACGUGUGCGCUGCACGUCAUGUUUUUGAUGAGAUGGGGGGCAAGUUUGAUGUGGUGUGGAAUGCGAUGAUUUCUGGGUAUGUUCACCAUGGGCUUUUUGACGAGGCGUUUGAUUUGUUUAGAGGGAUGAUUUUGUUGGGGAUCAACCUCGAUGAAUUUACUUAUACUAGUGUUCUCAGUGCUUGUGCCAACUCGGGGAGGUUCAAAGAUGGGAAGGCGGUCCAUGCCCGUCUCGUUCGUUUUGGACCUGAUUUUGAUCCGGAUGCUUCUUUGCCAGUCGAGAAUGUGUUGGUUACGAUGUACUCCAAAUGUGGGAAGGUCGAUGUUGCGAGAAGGAUUUUCCAUGAGAUCAGAAAGAAGGAUGGCGUCUCUUGGAAUGCCAUUUUGUCGGGGUAUUUGGACUCAGAGAGGAUCGAGGAUGCCCUUGAGGUCUUCAAUAAGAUGCCACAUAAGAACCAGUUGACAUGGAUGGUUAUGGUUUCAGGGUUUGUCCACAAUGGACUCCCUGAAGAAGGGCUUAAACUAUUCAAUUGGAUGAGGUUCGAAGGUGCCAAGCCGUGUGAUUAUACUUAUGCAGGAACUAUCUCUGCUUGUGCUGAGCUCGGGGCAUUAAAGCACGGCAGGCAGCUCCAUGCACAACUAAUCCAAAAUAUGUACGCGAAGUGUGGAGCUGUGGAGGAUGCACACUUAGUGUUUCUUGUGAUGCCCAAUGCGGAUGCUGUAUCUUGGAAUGCAAUGAUUGCUGCCCUUGGGCAGCAUGGUCACGGAACCGAGGCGAUCCAGCUCUUUGAUGACAUGAUCAAAGAAGGUAUAACCCCAGAUCGGAUCUCUUUCCUCACGAUCUUGUCUGCUUGUAGUCAUGCUGGCUUGGUGGACAAAGGUUUACAAUUCUUUGAAUCUAUGACACGUGACUAUGGUAUAAGUCCUGGGGAAGAUCACUACGAAAGGUUGAUUGAUUUGCUAGGCCGAGCUGGGCAAAUAGAAGAAGCUAGAAAUGUGAUAGAAUCGAUGCCAUUUGAGCCGGGACCUCCUAUUUGGGAAGCAAUUCUCUCUGGAUGUCGAAUUCAUGGGAAUAUGGAUCUUGCUGUCCAAGCAGCAGAUAAGCUUUUUGAGAUGAUCCCAAAGAAUGAUGGAACAUAUGUUCUCUUAGCCAAUACUUUUGCAGCUGUUGGGCGUUGGCAAGAUUCUGCCACGGUUAGGAAACUGAUGAAGGACCGGGGAGUGAGGAAGGAGCCAGGAUGUAGCUGGAUUGAAGUCGAAAGUAAGGUUCAUGUUUUCGUUGUUAAUGAUACGAGACAUCCGGAAGUGGAAAAAGUGUGCAAUUUCCUCAACAUGAUUGGAGCUAAGAUGAGGAAGUUGGGAUAUGUCCCAGAUACUAAGUUUGUGUUGCAGGACGUGGAGUCUGAGCACAAAGAGUACGUGUUAUCGGCUCACAGUGAGAAAUUGGCUGUUGGGUUUGGCCUUUUGAAGUUACCUGUUGGUACUCCGGUCAGGGUUAUGAAGAACUUGAGGAUUUGUGGGGAUUGCCAUGCUGCAAUCAUGUUCAUGUCGAAGGCAGUUGGAAGAGAGAUCAUUGUAAGAGAUGGGAAGAGAUUUCACCAUUUUAGGGAUGGGGAAUGUACAUGUGGGAAUUACUGGUGAAAUGGUUUAAAUUUCUAGCCAACAGAAAUUGUAGCGCUCUUGUUCCCUCCAUCUCCUUUAGCCUCUGCCGCCAUCUCCUGGUAGCGUUCAGGCUAAUCCUUCAAAUCAAUCAAGAUUUCAAGUAUGUUUUGUAAAGACACAAGAAAUGUUUUGUUUACAAGAAAACAAUGUACCCUAUCCAGAAGGUUGACCUGCAAGACACUGUGGCCGAAUUGACUCAACAAUGUGAAAGAAAUAUAGUAGCCUUAGUACGUAAGACGGCAAGAGUUGCUAUGGCUAUCGUUCAAAGGAGUGAAGCAUCCACUUGGAUCCCCUAAAGCUCAAAUUCAUGCACGUCCUGCGGUUAUAGGUACUGUGUUUUCUUACAGCAAUGUUCUGAAUUUUCUUUUUACAGUUUUCAGUUUGAUAUUAUUGCAGCUGAGGCUUCACAGAAGAUGUUUAUACAAAGUGGAUAGUAAUACAGUACUAUGUAAGCACAGUAGAGAUAUUGAACAACACACAGGGAUUUGACGUUGUUUGGUCAGUAUGACCUACGUUCACAAGCGAGAACAAUAGAGGAAUUCACUAAUCAUAGA